GAACAGUUGAGCAUUAACUACGUUACCGAACGGUUGCUAAAACCCCAAGCUAUACAAAAGCUAAGUGAGAAAAAAAUCCUUUGUUAUAAAAGAAAAUCCCAGUCUACAGCAAUUACACAAGAGCUCCGGAAGAUUUUUCAAAUUUUCUUCCUUGAAAUUUAUAUGAAUAAAAUAAUUAAAAUAUCACGGGAAUAACAAAACAAAGUAGACACCAAUAAAGGAAACGUAUUGAAAUUAACACUUUCGGGUGUUAAUUUGUAUUUCUUAACAAAAAAAAAUAUUUUUUCCUACUAAAAAAUAUCUCAUAACGAAAAAAAACCAACAGCUACUUUUACUGAAACGGGAAAUUGUACGUUUGGAAGGUCAACUAAGCCUGUUUUUCUGGCAGGAAAACGUAUUUAAUCCCCCCUGGAGGUUACAGAUCUAGGGAUAUUAAUUUAUUGAUUUAUAACAAAAAUUCUAAACAACAUAACGGUAUAAUAAAAAAAACAAACAUACGACGACAAACGUAUACACAAAUAGUCCAGGUAUCCUAACAUACGACCAAUUUGCCGAACAGCCAAACCAAAGAAAAAACAAAGAUAAACGAACCAGGCUAAUAGCAUUCUGUUAAAGAGAGCGUGAGAGAAAACGGAAGUAGACGUAGUGACAAAGUCACUCACCACCACUCUUCCUCGUUGUGGUUGCACCAGAAAAAAACGGCUGUCAAAACAAAAACAACGCCAAGCAAAUUGUCAUCAUUAUCGUCGUCUCAACCUCUGACAAGGACAAUAAUUAUCCUUAUACAACACUGCAGCAUCACAAAUCUCCGAACUAACCCAAUAACCUAAAAAAGAAGCAGGCUUGGCGAGACUAGACCGUAACCUCAACCUCAUUUGCAAAAAUGUUACCAUAAAUCGAGAGUUGGCGUUUGCUUUCAGCAUUUUCUGUAUGUUUGGUUUAAAGUUUCUACAUUUCGUUUUGUUAUUUUAAAAGAAAUAAACAACAACAACAACAGCAGCAGGAAACCAAAAAAUUUCCCUACGAAACAAGUGCCAAAUAUAUAUUUGUAUAAUUUUUGUACUAAAAACUAAAACGAGAUUUUUUGUACCACACUGUCGUUAAGCAAAAACAGUGUAACAACUACCCAACAAAGAGGACCAAUUAUUGUCCUAUUGUUUUGUUUUUUUGUCUAAUCUAAUAAUAAAAAACAUCCAAAAACAGCAGAAAAGAAAUAAAUAAAAACGAAACAUUGCAAAAAAGGAAGUUCCGAUUCAACGCAUCAAGCACUUUUAAGUGCCUGAGCGAAACCAAAAACCAAAAACAAACAUAAAUUGCUAUAGUUGUUCUUGUUGCUGAAUCUCCAAUUUCUUCUAUAGUAGUAGCUGCAUAUUCGAAUUUCUUUCUCUACACAAGAAAUCCAAAUAAAAAAUCACAAAAUUCCGCCGUCUAUCGCAUUUGCGUUUGCGAAACUAUUUUCUGGCGGCCUCAAGCGUAGCAGAUUUAAACCAAUGCAUUUAGGUUUGAAACAUCAUAAACCAACAAAUAAAAAGCAUCAAAAACGAUUUUCCGGCAGCAGUAAAAUAUGUCUUUAUCCCGAGGAGAAUUCCCUUUACAGGAUUCACGGGGAUCGGUGUACUGCGCGAGUGAACCGGACCCAAUUGGUCGAAUCCAGUACGAGUCGGGAAGGCUCGUUCAAUCUAAUGCCACCCUCGGUCAUCAAAGGCAACUCGACAGCCGCUCAGCCAUUGACGGCAAUUCCACCGAAAUUAUUGAAGUCAUCUGUGAACCGCAGUAUAAGCGAGAAAGUGAAGCGGGUGAAUUGCCCAUUGUGGCCUGUUCCCAGCCGCCGGCACCAUCGUUACUCACCGAAUGUCAGCAAUCGAGUGGUUCCCUCUUCUCAAUUGUCUCAGCACCGCCGGUGCCGUUGGCUGACCUUGAAAACAAACAAAUGGAUUCGCUCGGUGUCGGAUUGCAACCGGGUUUUGGCCUGCAAAUGGGAGGUAGUGCCCAGAAUCCCUUCAUUUCAACGCACUCGACGGUAUCAAUUGGCGACGUUGCCGCAUCGGCUCCCGGCUCAGCGACCUCAACAAUACCCCGGCGUCCGGCAUCGUUGCCCAUUGAGACACCCUACUGUCCGGCACCGGCCAGCCGAACCCUUCAUGCCAGUUUGUUGGUGCAUCAGAUAUCGGAAAUUGAGGAGGACGACAAUGAAAACCUGUUAACGGUAUCAAGUAUAACAGCUCGGCCGUUAAUAGCCAAAUCCCGGGAAAUUCGAUCGCACCGCAAUGGCUGCGAUGGCGGCACGGAUAAACGCGGCAAGCGUGGCGGCAAGUCGAAGAGUGGUGGGGGUGUACAGAAGGCACCCAGUGGCAUUUCCAGCAUCUCGAGUGCCCGGGAUCGUGUCAGCUCCGGUCACCCACCGUCAUCACGUUCCUCGGUUAGCACAGAUCCACCGGACGGUGGUUAUGGUUGGUUCAUUGUCUUCGGGGCAUUUUCGGUGCAAUUUUGGGUGGCGGGUCUGGUCAAGUCCUAUGGAGUGUUGUAUGUGGAAAUCAUGGAGACAUUUCCCAGUUCUACAGCCACGGUGGCCUCAUGGAUACCGGCCAUCCUGUCAGCCUUGUGUUUGGCUUUGGCUCCCGUUUCGAGUGCAUUGUGUCAGAGAUUUUCGUGUCGCACGGUGGUGUUUGUGGGCGGUCUCUUCUGUGCCCUGGGCAUGACACUGAGUUACUUUGCCACCAGUUUGGUCCAUCUACUCUUCACGUUCGGCAUCUUGACAGGUAUUGGUGGUGGUCUAUCGACAACACCGGGCAUUGUAAUUGUCUCACAAUAUUUCGAUAAACACCGGGCCUUGGCGAAUGGCAUCUGUGUUUCGGGUACCGCAACUGGAAGUUUUAUAUUGCCGGUGCUAAUCAAACAUUUGGCUGAGAAUUUUGGAUUUCAUGGCACCAUUUUAAUCUUGGGAUUCUGCAUGUUCGAUGUAUGUCUAUCGGCUUUGCUGUAUCGACCACUCGAAUCUAUGCAAAACGAUGAGAAAAUAACGGAAGAGGAAGAUGCCACCAAGCCGUUGAAUGAUAUAAAUCCUAGCAACAUUGAUAUGUUGACCAACUCCACAUAUUUGGAUACCUGCGAUGAUGGUCUGAAUACGAAAUUUAUUGAACAUCUUUUUAUGGAAGAAUCGAAAAAUCGUCUCAACGAUUAUUACAAUAAUCGAUAUAACGCUUCUGAAAAAUCUGUUCCUAAUUGUGCCCAAGAGAGCGACGAUGAAAUCAAGGACAUCAUUGGCGAAACUACAUUCAUCAAGCCCAUGAAAAAGGUACGCAGUUCGGGCAUAAUGCAUUCCGUUGAAGAUCUAAGUACCACCUCGACCUGGGUGUAUCGUAAAAAUUCCGGCACCGAAUCAAAUCGAGCUUCUCGACGUCGUCGUCCCAAUGUCUUUGCCAAUGAUGAGAUUAUUUCCAAGAUACAGGCCCAUUUGGAGAAGCCUCUAUCACCGCCCACGGUUGUGACGCGUGGCUUGAGCAAGAGCAUGGAAAUACCCACACCCAUCAGCAGUAUGAGCGAACAAAAGUCAUCGGAAAAUCCCCAACAGAAUGGCAGCAUUAUUGGCAUUAAUUCUCUCGAAGAGGAAGAAGUCGACGACGAUGUUCCUUUGACAUGCUACGAGCGCAUAGAAAUCUAUUUGGAUAUAAGUUUAUUAAAGGAUCCGACAUUUAUAUUGAUGUGUCUAUCGGUGACCCUAAUGUCGGUGGGUUGCCCCUAUAUGUUGUAUUAUUUACCAGCCCAUGUUAUAUCGAUUGGUUACAAUAAAAGUGAAGCUGGUUAUUUGGUAACGGUAAGCGCUGUCUUGGAUUUGGUGGGACGUUUGGGUCUGGGUUGGCUUUCCGAUUUGCAGUUAUUUGAUCGCAGGAAGAUCUAUAUUGUGUGUAUCUUCGGUGCUGGUCUCUCCGUACUCACCAUACCCUCAGAGUACACCAUCUAUUUGGUUGGCCUGUCUGCGGCAAUUUACGGUUUUUGUUUGGGCAGUUGGUAUGUCCUGAUGCCUGUCCUGUUGGCCGAUAUCUUUGGUACGGAUCGCAUUAGUUCCAGUUAUGGUCUCGUACGGAUGUUUCAAUCGAUUGGCGCCAUAUCGGUGCCACCAUUGGCUGGAUUUUUACGUGAUCUCUCGGGUAGUUAUGUUAUUGUUUUCUAUUGUAUGGGUUCCUGUAUGGUAUUAGGUUGUCUACCGUUGGCUGUGUGGGCCGUCUUGGAGUGUCGUGAACGUAAGCUGUAUCAGGGUAAUGAUAAUGAGGAUAACUCAUCUGUAUCGUAAACUAAAGGAGAACAUUAAAACUAUUUGUAUUUUUUAAGAAAAAGUAAACAACAACAAGAAAACAAAAAACAAAACGAGACGGAAUAGAUGUCUUUGGUUUAGCCAGUAGUCAGGAUUUGUUACCCCGUAGAGAAGAAAAAAAACAAAUUCCCUUAGAAGUGUUAUAAUUAUGGAAUAUCUGUUGUGUAACUAAAAACCCUUGGCUUAUAGUAUGUUUACAUUAGAGUUUUUUUGGCCGGAUUAACCUCCUUUGAGAGGAUUUAUUUGACGUAUAUGCAAUGAAAUUGAAAAAUUAAAUUCACUUGAUUUACUAAAUCCGGUAAACUGUAAAUGUAGUAUUCGAUGGGUUUCUGAAACGGUUCUGAUAUCUCUUAAUGCGAAAGAUGUUUAUUAAAUAUUAAAAAUAGAACAUGUCAUUUUGACAUUUAGUCUGCUUUUGAACAGCUGGUGUAAUAUUUUAAUAAAUAUCGAAAUUUGUUUUUUUUUUUUCAUUUUGACAUUUUAUAAAGUAUGCGAAAUGUCAAGAAUAAAUAUAAAGAUAAAGUAAAUAUUGAUAUUUAUUUAAAUAUUACACCAGCUGUUCUAAAUCAGACUAAAUGUCAAAAUGUCAUGUUCUAUGUUUACUAUUUGUUUAUCUCUCACAUUUUAGUUUCACUUACAACAAUGUAUUUUGAUAGCUAAUAAUCAGCUGGUUUCAGUCUUUAUGUUUUACAUUAUCAUUUCAAUCACAAUAAUACAUUUUGACAUUUAAUAUAGCAAUAAGCUGGUCCUUUUUGGAGGAACCUUUAAUUGGAUCAUAAAUUAUUUGAAAACACUUGAAAACCUCAGAGAAGAUCUGCCAGGUCUUGCUAAUGAUGAAAAAUAAACGAACAGUUAGUAAAACGCGGGGUAGAAUCAAGAAGGUAAAUUCAUGCAAUCAUAUGUUUUGCAAUUUUUUGAAAAUUAUUUAUUUGACAUUUUAUUGUGAAAAUAUAUAUUUAUAAAUACAGAAAUUAGAGAUGUAAUUUGACAAGGUAAAUUACAGAAAAUUCAGAUAUGGGUAUGCUUAUUGGAAAUGACUUUACCUUCUUAAUUUUACCAUGGUAAAACGUAAACAAAUGUUAACAUUAGGGGUGAGAAUACAUAAAACGCUUUUCUGACUGGCUUAAGUUAUCGGCUGGAUUCUUCGUAGAGAAACAAUGGAGUUUUAGGUUUACUUAGUUCGAUUUUGGCCCUAUGCUUCUUUGUUCUUUUCAGAAGAAGCCAGCCGAUGACUUAAGUCAGUCACAAAAGCGUUUGAUGUAUUUUCACCACCAUGUUGUAAAUGAACCAUGGUUUCAUGGUAGAAGAAUAUAGGUAGAUACAUCAAUGCUUGAGAACAUUGAUAUGUCAAAACAUUUUUUUUUUCAAAAAUAAAUAGAUUUUUAUAAGUUUUCUUAUACGACGCCAAUCGGAGGUUGUUAUGAUACGUAUUUUUCAAGAAUUUGUACAAAUUUAAAUAAUUUUUCAUUAAACAUUUUGGUUUGUACACUAAGGGCCUGUUUACAUUUGAGUAUCAUGAUCAAGAUGAUACGUGAUGUAGAAAAACAUGCCAAACGGAUUACGAUUAACCAAAUGUUAGGUAAUGAACUCCCAUGUAAACGUAUCCUAACUAUUUCGUUUAAGAGACAAGACAGCUGACUUUAUAAAGGGUAUUCACACUACAUGAUAUAUUGAAAAAUCCUUUCAAGUUUUAUGAAAAAUUAGAUGAAAUAUGUAAACCAAAAUUGGGUCUUUUUGACUGAGCUGUCUUUAAUUUUAGACAUCCUCUGAGGAACCUUUUUAAAGCCAAGUUUUUAGCCUACACAUUUUGUGAAGUACUUUGCAUAUUUCCGUAAAAGAGUUAGGAAUAACCAAUAUUUGUCCCAAGCUUAUAGAGCAGGGACAACCCCCCCCCCCAUAUUUUUUAACCAAUCUAGAGUAUCACAUAAUAACCUGUGUUGAAUUAGAAAUCUCCCCAUCACUUCUUUUGGUAGUUAGCGAAAAUUGUGUGAUGCCACAAAAACCUACAAACAUACAAGUAGAAAUAUCAUUUGAAUAAUUUUUCUACCUAUAUUUUUCCUGCUCUGGAUUUCGCUCCCCCCAAAAGCGAAACAUGCAGACAACAAAAACAAAUCAACCUAAAAGCACUAAAAUGCGCAAAAGAACUGAGUUAUUACAAAAAUAAAAUAAAGACAUUUAAUAAAAAAUAAAUAAAAUAUAACAAUAUUAUACAAAAAGAAAUAUUUAAAUAUAUAAAAAAGUAAACACCUGCGAAUUAUACAAUUAAAAAAAAACAAGAAAAAAACUAUAAUUUUUAUUUAACACAAUGAACAAUUACAUUAGAUUUAGCCUGAAAACAGAUCCCCAAAAAUUUAGUUUUCAUCCCCUCGUAAUAUUAAUAGAAAUUUAAAGAGCCCCCCCCAAGUAUUUAAGUAAAAGAAAUAUGAAUUUAAAUGUUAAACAACAACAAAACCAAUGUUUAUUUAAAAAAAUUUAAAAAAAAAAAACAAAAACGAAAAUCCCCAAUGAUAUAAAAAAUGUAGCAACUACGUAAGCAUGUAUUAAAACUGAUGUUGUAAAACAUAAAAUUAUUAAGUGUAAUGUAAACAAAUUAAAUAAAUUAUGAUUAUGUUUUUGUGAUCCGCAAGAGGAUUCAAAGUUUAAA